UGCCUGGUUCCCGCGAGGCUGUCACCCUGCCUGCCAAGAAUGGGGCCACAGAAGUCUUUCUGACUUCCGGAGGCGCUGGCCUGGCCCCGGCCGUGUCCUGCUGCACCGAGGGUGGGCAGGCUGGCCUGGCCACUGCUUCCAGUCGGAAUGAAAUCAGGACUGAAGCACGGAUUUACAGGAAAAAGCUGUCACUGGGACGAGAGAAGGAUCAAGCCCACCCUUGACAAGGAAAAUAGAAAAUGCGAUGUUCUGAAUCGUGGGUUUUCAGGUUACAACACCCGCUGGGCCAAAAUCAUCCUUCCAAGACUGAUGGGGAGCGGAGACAGCCCUGCAGCAGUGACCGUUUUCUUUGGUGCCAAUGACAGCUCCCUGAGAGAGGAGAACCCCAGGCAGCACGUCCCGCUGGAGGAGUACGCAGCCAACCUGAGCUGCAUGGUGCGGUACCUGGGCUCUGUGGGCGUCGCUGAGAGCCGCGUCAUUCUGGUCACGCCGCCCCCGCUGUGCGAGGCCGCCUGGGAGGAGUGGUGCACGGCGCAGGGUCACAGACUGAACCGCCGGAAUUCAGUGGCCGGAGAAUAUGCCAGGGCGUGCGUACAAGUGGCCCAUGACUACGGGACCGAUGUCCUUGACCUGUGGACCCUGAUGCAGAAGGACCAGGACUUCUCCACCUACCUAUCUGAUGGACUGCACCUGUCACCAAAGGGGAAUGACUUCGUGUUCUCACACCUCUGGCCCCUGGUGGAGAAGAAGGUGUCGGCUCUGCCCCUGCUGCUCCCCAACUGGAAGGACGUGGCCGAGGCCAACCCUGAGCUGAGCCAGCUGGGGGAGGGAGGCCAUUCGUCUACAUCCUGAGCCGCAGGGUGCCAGGCUGAGGGCACAGCCUCAAGCUCAGUGGCGCUUGUGGCCCUGGGUCACAGACACUUAACAGUGCGUCACUCAAUAAACGCGCAGGGCUGCUCAGGGAAACCUCUGCUCCAUCCGUUGUCAUGAUAAUCACGUUUAUUGACUGAUCUGGGUAUCACCAGUGCCAUGGCUCCAAACACCCUGAGCAGCUUGUUCAUCCUGGACAUGGCACAAAAGG